AUGGAGCAUCCAGUGGCUCCCUCAGAGCUCUCUCUACUGCAGGCAUCCUAUGCCGAGGCGAUCGAUGCUGCAAAGGAACCCCUUGUAGAUAUAAUCCCCGUCGAAUCUGAUGAAUGCCUAACCCACGAUCUGAAACUCUCCGGAACACGCACUUUCGAUGUUGUAGACUUGCAGUCCGAGCCGGCAGAGGAGGUGUUCGGCAUCAGUCUGCUCGACUGCAUCAUGCCCAAAAUGUAUAUUCCAAUCACCUGUACAUACAAACUCGAUUAUGAUAUCAAUAAAGAGGCUGUGAUAUCCGACCUCUGUUUGGGGCUCAAAAGGCUACUGGCGGAUUAUCGUUUUCUGGCAGGGUCACUUUUUGAAACCGAAGCCGGCACGUCUUUCGUCAGGCGCGGUCCCUCUCACGCAAAAUUCACAGUUCACAUCGAAGAUCACACCAAGAGAGACUUUCCUGCGUAUGCUGAAUUGGCAGAACGCCAUUUUCCCGUCUCUGAGCUCGACUUCCGUAUGCUCCCACCAAACUUCGAGCCAAGUCCAAGUGGUGCGACUGAGGAAGGUCAUCCCGCAAUGCUUGUGCAAUUCAACCUCAUCCGGGGUGGUCUUGUUAUCGGCGCGGUGUUCCAUCACCUUCUAAUCGACGCCAAAGGCUUGGAUGCUGUGAUGUCGCAUUGGGCUGCGCAUACGCGCUCCCUGAGGAAUGACACUUCUCCUCCAGCCUUCCAGUCAUCCGACCUAAACGUGUCACGUCUGAAAUGUGUCACACCGGACAUCUUUGAUAAGGACAAUCAGCCGAUAUCCUCGCUGAAAUACGCACCCAACGCACCUCCCACCUCAAACAUUCCACCCUCAGCAAUGGCCCAACACCUCUGGCACAUCCCUGCUAGCAAACUCGCAGCCCUCAAAGCCUCAGCCGCGCCACAGGCUCCAGGUGACGCCUGGGUCUCGACAAACGACUGCAUCACGGCGUUAAUGUGGCGCGUAAUCACGCGCUCUCGCCUCGCAAUGCACGAAAUCACCGACCCUCUGACAGACACGCGGCCCGUGGCGCUGGAGAACUCGCUGGAUGUCCGCGCCUCGAUCCCGGGCGGGAUCCCCGCGGCAUACCCUGGCAACGUGGUGAUGUUUUCCAAGGCGCUCAUGCCGUUGAACGAGCUCUUGCGCGCCGAUACGUUCCGCGCCGUCGCGGUGUGUGUGCGCGAGACGGUCGAGAAGUACCGUGCGUGGCCUUUGGUUGAGCGGGCGAUUGGCUGGAUUGCAUCUGUCCCACGGGGUGCGGAUGUCGCCAUGGAUGUCGACGUUGUUUUGGGUCUGGAUGGGCUUGUAACCAGUUGGCGGGUUCUGCGGGCAUAUGAGAGAUGGGAUUUCGGGUUUGGACCGCUGAAAUCACUUAGGUGGGCAACGCCCGUGUUUGAUGGGUAUGCAUUCUUGUAUCCUACCCGACUUAAUGCAACACCAGAUGAAGGGGUGGAGAUUUAUCUGGGUCUGGAGAAAGGGUGUAUGGACAGGCUGUUGAUGGAUAAGGAGCUUUCAAAAUGGGCUGAGAUUCGUGACUAG